GAACUGGAGUUUGUUCAAAUCAUCAUUAUAAUUGUGGUUAUAACUGUUAUGGUGGUAGUGAUCAUCUGCUUGUUGAACCAUUACAAACUCUCGACGCGCUCCUUUAUCAACCGACAGAGCCAAAGCAGACGACAGGAGGAAACUUUGCAGACAGAAGGGUGCUUGUGGCCUUCAGAGAGCUCAGUUUCGCGCCAGGGUGCUUCAGAGAUCAUGUAUGCUCCAAGGUCCAGGGACAGGUUUACCACCCCAUCUUUUAUGCAGCGGGACCGUUUCAGUCGCUUCCAGCCCACUUACCCUUACAUGCAGCAUGAAAUUGACCUUCCUCCCACCAUCUCCCUCUCUGAUGGAGAAGAGCCACCGCCGUACCAAGGUCCGUGCACCCUGCAGCUCCGGGACCCAGAACAGCAGAUGGAGCUCAACCGGGAAUCCGUCAGGGCACCGCCCAACCGAACCAUUUUUGAUAGCGACUUGAUAGACAUCUCGAUGUACAAUGGGGGCCCCUGCCCACCAAGCAGCAAUUCGGGCAUAAGUGCAACCAACUACAGCAGUAAUGGAAGGAUGGAAGGACCACCCCCGACGUACAGCGAGGUCAUGGGACAUUACCCGGGCUCCUCUUUUUUCCAUCACCAGCACAGCAACGCACCUCCUUCCUCGCAGAGGGGGAGCAGACUUCAGUUUCAGCAGAACAAUUCAGAGAGCACAAUAGUCCCCAGCAAAGGCCAAGACCGCAAACCAGGAAACCUGGUCUAAGUUAUUCGCCCAGGUGCAUUUGAACUGAAGACAAGAGAUUCAAGCAGGGUGGUGGAGGAAGACCCCCAUGCUCUGGUGCACAAUGUUGUUACGUUUCACGUGGUACAACUUAGUAAAACCAAACGUGCAAACCA